GAAGAUCUGAUCAGUUUAUCCAAACUGCCCGAGUCUUUGAAACGUCCCAGUUGUCUAGAGCAUCUUUAUGACUGCGAGAAUGGGAAAUGGGACCCGGAGCGCUGGUACACGGCAAAUUUUGAGUCAGCUCCUGAAAGCUCAUCGUUGACUUUCACAAAUGGUAAAGAUGGCAGAAAAGUGACUGACCGAGACUACAAGAAGCGAUUCUCUCCAAACCACCCCAUUGAGCGGCUUAAGAGUGAAAGAGACGGAAUAGUCCUGAGCCCACAGAGACGUAGUUUUGUCACUGGUUGUCAUGUCAAGACGCUGCCACAUGCAUACACUCGACACCUGAGCUUACCUGACAGAGAGGAAUCUAAGGGUGACUGGGAUCAGAAAGGAGAGAAAGAAAGAGACAGCAGGGAGCGACCUCUGAGGAAGGCGGACAGUGGACGUAUACAGUUUGAGAAGGAGAGGAGCCUCCAUGACUCUGUGGACAACCAUAGUUACAGUAGAGAUGAUGAGUUUGCCAGGAGCCGAGACCAGGAGCGGGAGCGUAAGCGGGACAGAGAUCUGAGGAACCAGUCGGCCAGGGAGAGGAGAGGAGAAGGCAUUGACAGCUGUCACAAUGUGGAUGAUAAAAGCUACAAUGCUAGAGAUUGGAGGGACAGGGAGGUUGGAGACAGAGGAUUCAAUAGAAACUCACGAAGACGAAACAACAGACAAGAGAAAGAGCCUGAAUGGUACACAGGUGGGCCCACAAGUCAGACAGACGUCAUAGAGUUGAGAGGAUUUGAACACCAAGAGGACCAUGGGCAUCAGAUGGUGGAUGGCAGAAAACCAAACCAUAGGAAGGACAACAGGGCCAAUGCUGUAUUUUCUGCACAGUCCACAGACCCGGCAAGAAAAGGAGCAUCUGAAGCCAGCUCUCCCAUUAGCAACAAAGUCUCACCAAAUCAUUUGGGAGAACCCAGACCAUUGCAGAAAGAGCAGAAAGACAAAAAGAACAUUCCAAAUCACAAGCAGCAAGAAAAUCAAAGCCCCAUGAUGCCUCAACACAACGUGAGGGCAGCAACCAACAACAAACUGUUUGACUUUGAGGAGGUCUUGAGUGCCAUUUUACCCUCGGAUGAGAAUGGAGUACGGCAUGGCAGCCGCUUUUCUCGCUUUUUCCCGGAGCCUAAUGGAAGUUUGAUGGAGAGUGAUGCCUCCUCCCUAGAUGAUGUGCUUUUGUCAGAUGGCAGCCGCUGCAACAGUAUUGUGCCAUCACCUGUUCCAAACAUGGGCCCUAUGGGAGCCAUGCAGCAUUCUUACCAUCGCCUGCCUCACUUCCACGGACAGUCGGAGCAGCAGACCGGACCCCAGACAUUCCCUAAACCCCACCUGUCUGUACCUGACUCCGCUGGUGACAACAAUGGUCACCCCCCUAUGCUGCCGUCGCUGACUGCACUUUUUAACAGUGCUGCCAGAGGAGGCCCUAACUCCUACAGGUGGAAUGGGCACCUGGAUGGUAGCCUGGAGACACCGGACACUAGUCUCUUCACAAAUUCAGCGGCUUCAAGCAACAGUUUCAGUGCACAAGAUGCCGAGACCCAGCUCAAGGCCAUGCUCUUUGGUGGCAGCAGAGGAUCAAGUGGCUGUGUGUCUCCAGCCCGGUUACCAAUAGGUGUGCACCAAAGAGCAAAGACUUUGGCUGAGCUAGAGGCAGAUAUGCACCAGGACUCACCGCCAUCAAGCGGUCUCAAGCCAGGCGGUCCAAGUAGUACAUCAGACAGUGGUGAUAUAACAGCCUUCAGCAAGUUGCUGAUCAUGAUGAAUGCAGCAUCAGAGGCCAAUCAAAACAUGGCACAGAGGGAAUGGUCUUCUCACGCUGUCUCUGGGAUGGUACCAAGCCAUAAUGAGUUCAAUCUGGCUGUAAGGAGAAACAAAGAAAAGCAAAUGCAGCUGUUGCAACAGUCUCUGCAUCAUAGCCAGCACCCAGGGAUGCCUUCCCUACCCCAGCAAGCCUUCCAUCCUCAGAUGGGACACAAUGGGCAGUCAUUGCCACCUCAGAUGGGACACAGUGGGCAGUCCGUGCCAACCCAGAACCACCAGCCAGCUCAAGCCAUGAAUAUCCAGCAGUAUCAUCCACAGCAUCUGGAUGGACUUACAGCUCCCAGGCCAUUUGCUGAUCUUAUCGACCAACAGUCAUGUUCUGUCGGGAUGCCUCAAGCCAUGUCAACGCCACAGACUGGCUACAAGAGAAGAGCUCCAGCUGGAGGCCUAUCUGCUGACCCGCUCCUCAGUCUCAUCCAGCAGCACCCUCAGAUAAUCAUGAACAGUGUGUCACCGGCACCCCUUGGGGGCCCCAUCCAGGCACCCCAGCAGUCUCUGGGGUCUGGCCCAGCUCAUGGAUCUUCACCAUUGAUGUUUGGUCGGAUGUCUCCUGCAAUGUUGGGCACACUGUCACCUGUGCAGCCUUGUCGCUCCAGUCCUGCAGCACCUCAUACUUUUGGAGCCAGCCUUUCUAGAAGUGCAGUAUCGUCGCCCACUGAGAUGAGAGUGCCAGUUGUGUCCCGUGCUUUGAGCCCCCAGGAGUGGUCUGCCCACAACCAGGCAGUCGCACAGAGUGCUUUCAUCAACAGACAGUUGCAGGAACAGAGUAGCCACUUUCUACCGCAGGGACAAAACAGGGCGCUGUCACAGAGUCAGCAUCAUAUUGUUGUAGUCAGACCAGUUCCGUCUGCACAGCCUGUCUUGCCUCCUACCCCGCAGCCUAAAGGUGCCUCCUUAGAUGCUUUUACUCCAACUUCAGUUCUUCGCAAGAUGCAUUCAGACAAGGUCUCGGAGAAGAGGAAAUCUCCGGCAGAAAUCAAGGAGGACACUGGGCUCAUGGAGGGCAUUGCUGAGAGAAAUCUGGCUGAUCAACAUGGUGUUCCUCGUGAUGAAUUGGCUCAGAAGUCAGAGCCCAAGCUAACAGGAGACCUCAACGGUGUCAGCUUUCUGGAUGCAGUCAACUCAAACCUGACCACUGUCAAUGGUCACCAGGAUAAGCAAGUAGUCUGUGGUCAGCGGAAUGUUUUACCUGGUGCUCUGUCACAGCCCAUGUCUGUUGAGGAGAAGCUGAAACUGUCAGCUUUAGCAGAGAAACCAGGCUACCUGUCCCAGCUGAUAGACCAGUCUGGCAAGGUGGCUGCUGAAGCAGGGAGAGGGUCAAGUAGGGGAAGACCAGGCAUUGAUGCUGAAGAGCUACCACAAGAAAACCAAACCCAGCAGAUGAAUGCACCCUCCCCACUGACACAGGAGCACACUUCUGGGGACAGUCAGAGCUGCAGGGCUGUCACUGGAGCUGCUCCUGAGGCUCAAGGUGUGUCAGACUCUUCCCCAGCACCACCUGAUGUCCAGCUAAACACUGGACAUAGGCUGGUCACUGGCCGGGCUAUCACUGGCAGAAGUUGUGUGCAGCAUCAUUUAGAGGCUGCCUCUGGCCCUGUAGCUCAGAAUCUGGGCCUCCUGCAUGUGAUGGAACAGCACAGUCAUUACCAGCAGAUGCAGGCACAGUGCCAUGGUGUGGUUCUGCAUCCAGAAGCUGCGAGAACACUGGUUCCGUGCCUUGACCCGGCUGUGGCGCUCCCAGUUUCCUAUCACCUGCCAAUGUGCGGACAGCCUGCAGAUGUUGGCUGUGGUGUGAUGCAGCAUCACUGUGUUGGAGCUAAUGCCAUGAACUGCCAACAGAACCAGCACUUCUCCCACAUGAUGGCCAUGCAGUAUCCCCAGCAGCACUGUCUCCCUCAGCCCCAGCCACAUGUGAUGGCACCAUCUGUCUCCGCCCAGCUGAACCCCUACAGCCAGACUUCAGGACCCUUGUCCACGGCUGCUCUCCGGGUGGCCAUUCAGAGAUUGGCCUCACCUGCAGGAGCUGGUAACAUAAAUGGAGCACUCCAGCCGACAUCUGCUGUACACACUCCUGGUGGCGAUGGAGGUCACAGGGUGGACUUGACCUCUGGCAUCCAGCGCUGGUUCAGUUCCGACAUACUCAGGACUCACUUACCCAGCCUGCCCACUCUGCCCUCCCAUGGCAUCCAGGUGAUGACUGUGGAUGAGCUGGAAAGAGGUUGA